AUGUAUCUGGCAGUUUCCGUGCCAUUUGAAUUGGGCAAUUUGAUUUGUUAUAAUCCGAGUGUAGAAAGCUGCAUCGAUGUUACUAGCUUAGAGUUGAAGGCUAACACCACUAGUCUCAUUUUGAAUUCCUCAACUAAAAGCUCGAUGUCCAAUCCUGUCGACUCUGAUAACGAGGAUUGCAGUUCCAGUGAUUUGGAAAGUGAAGUUCGGGCUACAGUGUUGUUGGGGACUGAAGAGGGUCAGGGCUGUGGGGAUGCCACACUCACUACGGAUAUUGUAGUCCAGGAAAGUGAAGAGGAUAGCUUAUCGUCAUUGGACUGGGAUCCAGUUCUUGAUAGCUCAUGUUCUCUGUCUGUGGUGAGUGAUACUAGUAGUAUAUGCGGUGAUGAUUUCAUAGGUUUCGAGGCAAAUUCUGAGAUAGGAACGACCAAUUUUGUAGAAGUCGAGAAGAGUACAGUAGGAGCUGGGCGUGAGGUUCCAAAUGGUUCGAAUUCAGAAUCAACAGUUGUUAUUCAGUUGGACAGAACCUCUAGUGAAAGAGUCAGGCGAAGUGUUUUUCAGGUGGAUUGUGUGCCACUCUGGGGAUUCACAUCUUUGUGUGGGAGGAGACCAGAAAUGGAAGAUGCAGUUGCAACAGUGCCUAGGUUUCUCAAAAUUCCUCUGCAGAUGCUAAUUGAUGAUUGCUUGCUUGAUGGAGAGAGACAACGUUUGAGUCAUUUGAUGACCCAUUUCUUUGGAGUCUAUGAUGGCCACGGAGGCUCUCAGGUUGCAAAUUACUGUUGGGAGCGAAUGCAUAUGGCUUUGGCAGAGGAACUGGAAAUAAUUAUGGCCGAUCCAAAUGAUGUUAGUAGUAAAGGUAACUGCCAAGAGCAGUGGAGAAUAGCAUUCACGAAGUGCUUUCUCAAGGUUGAUGACGAAAUUGGAGGUAAAGCAAGUAAUGAACUGGUCGCUCCGGAAACUGUUGGCUCAACUGCUGUUGUUGCGAUAGUUUGUUCAUCACACAUUAUAGUAGCUAAUUCUGGCGAUUCUAGGGCAGUCUUAUGUCGUGGGAAAGAGCCCAUGGCAUUAUCUGUGGAUCAUAAACCUAAUAGGGAAGAUGAAUAUGCGAGAAUUGAAGCAGCUGGAGGAAAAGUGAUACAGUGGAAUGGGCAUCGUGUUUUUGGUGUCCUUGCAAUGUCUAGAUCUAUUGGGGACAGAUAUUUGAAACCUUGGGUUAUUCCAGAUCCCCAAGUGGUCUUUAUUCCCCGAACUAGGGAAGAUGAAUGCCUCAUUCUGGCUAGCGAUGGUUUAUGGGAUGUCAUGAGCAAUGAGGAGGUUUGUGACAUGGCCCGUAAAAGGAUACUCGUCUGGCAUAAAAAUAACUGCGUCACUCUUCCAGUAGAAAGGGGUGAAGGAAUUGAUCCUGCAGCUCAAGCAGCAGCCGAGUAUCUAUCGAACCGCGCUCUUCAAAAGGGCAGUAAAGAUAACAUUUCUGUAGUUGUGGUGGACUUGAAAUCGCAAAGAAAGAUUAAGAGCAGAAGCUAA